GGCGGUGAUGAUUACUUUAAACUCAACACGGGAUGGUUAUCUCUUUACAAAGCCAUAUCACAUAUGAUCCAUAAGAGGAAUUGUGGAAAAAAGAAGAAGCCGCGAACGGGAUUACAAUUGCAAGAAAAGGUAAGAAGGAACAGAGAGGAAACUGUCACUACAGUGAACUUAAAGUGAUAAUUGAGAAACAGUAUUUAAUAUCGUUACGAAGACGCGCGUGGACGAUUGAUUGAAGAAGUUUUUUUUUGUCAACAUGGAUAACUUAAACAUUUCAAGCGAAGUGGACAGUUACAUUGACAACAGUAAUACAUCCACUUGUAAUUCUACAAGUCGCUACUCUCUGGCCACCAUCAUAGGGCUUGCGGGGCUGGUGAGCUUCCUCAUCUUGUUUACUAUAGUGGGAAAUGUGCUAGUUGUUAUCGCCGUUUUAACAAGCAGAGCGCUUAAGCCACCCCAAAAUCUUUUCCUUGUGUCCCUGGCCAGUGCGGACAUUCUGGUGGCCACACUGAUAAUCCCCUUCUCUUUGGCCAAUGAAUUAAUGGGCUACUGGUUUUUUGGGAAAGUUUGGUGUGAUAUCUAUUUAGCACUAGAUGUUCUUUUCUGCACAUCAUCUAUUGUUCACCUGUGUGCCAUAAGUCUGGACAGGUACUGGUCUGUAACACAGGCAGUUGAGUAUAAUCUCAAGCGAACACCUAACAGAGUGAAGGGAAUGAUUGUGGUGGUCUGGCUGAUCGCAGCUGUGAUCUCCUUCCCACCGCUCAUCACCAUGGACCGUAAUAAUGAGGGUAAAGAGAGUGAACCACAAUGCCAGCUGAACGACCACACGUGGUACAUCCUCUACUCCAGCAUCGGGUCAUUCUUUGCCCCAUGUGUCAUCAUGAUCCUUGUUUACAUCCGAAUCUACCAAGUUGCUAAGACAAGAACCCGAAAUAUGUCUGAAAAGCGCCGUGAUACAGAUGGCGGCACAGGAACGCCAAGGCUGGAGAAUGGGUUGAGCCGUGAGGAUUCUCGGCGGGAAAAUGGGCACUGUGCCUCACCGGCAUCAGGGGAACACAGAACAGGCGAGGAUGACCCAGAUGCUGAGCUUGAGGACAGCAGCUCAUCCGAUGAGAAGGCCAAGCAAAUGCAAAACGAGACGGUGCCCACACGAAAAGAUCGGCGAUCCAGCCGCAAGAACAGCUCCAGCUCCAAGCAUUCUAGCCGGAAGUCUCGUGCCAGCAGCAAGUCCCUGGACUUGUUUUCGUCCCGCAGAAAGAGGAGGAACACCAUUUCUAGAAAGAAAAUCUCACAGGCACGAGAGAAACGUUUCACCUUUGUACUGGCUGUGGUCAUGGGCGUGUUUGUGGUCUGCUGGUUUCCGUUCUUCUUCAGCUAUAGUCUGCAUGGGAUCUGCCGGGAGCCCUGUUCCAUCAAUGACACCCUUUUCAAGUUUUUCUUCUGGAUUGGUUACUGCAACAGCUCCCUCAACCCUGUAAUCUACACCAUCUUCAACCAGGAUUUCCGUAGAGCUUUUCAGAAGAUCCUGUGCAGGUCAUGGAAAAGGUCUUUUUAGAGGAUAAUGGCAGCCAGUUGGCAAAUGCAGCAUCCAGUGCAAUUAACAUAGGAUUGACAUGACAGAAAAGCCUUUGAUAGUUCUCAAGGAAGAGAGAUUCCCCCCUCCUCCACCAAAUUAAAUUAAUAAAUACCACUGCCUCAAAAUCUUUGCAUUGACAAUUUGUACACAACAGUGACAUUGGUAUUUGUUCCCUACUUUGUUGUUUAAUGCUUUUGAUUCUGUGAGGACAACAUAUCCUGGUCAUAUAAGUGGUACUUCAUGCUACAGAUGCUUCAAAAGCAUUCACCUGAACUGGGUAGCACUGUACCACAUUAUAGGAAACAGGCUUAUCUUUAUUAUGGCUGCAGGCACUUCUAAGUUAUCAAGAGACAUAUUUAUGAUGAGUUUGCACAUAUGGCUUGUCUCAUUGUGGCU